AUGGCUAAGUGCUUACAUGGGCUACCAAUAAGUGGCUCUCUCCACGCAUACACCACUAAAUCUACGAAGAUAAGCUGGAUUCUCGCACACUCAUUUUCUACGAUCCAGAAGGAGCCUAAACGUUGUGACUUGUUUGAGUACACAUCUGGGCGGUGGAUCUAUAACGAUGCGUUGAGACAUCUUGAGAGAAGACGUGCUUUCAAUGUUCCCGAACUCAAGCGCCUGGCUGCCUUGGCAGUUCAUCAAAAGGAAGACGACAUCGUCAGCUUCGAGAAGCUUGCUGAAGGAGGUUUCAAUCGAACUUUCUUGAUCACCAUGCGAGACAGAUUUCAAUUGUUUGCGCGCAUUCCAUACCCGGUUACCGAACCAAAGUUCCUAGUAGUCGCAAGUGAGGUUGCAAGUCUGGACUUUCUGCGAUCUCAUGGUAUCCCGGUUCCAAAAGUUUUUGGCUAA